UGAUUAUUUGCCGUGAACAGGCUGUUUGCAUUUUCUGUUCUGAAGAUUUUAAUGAAGAAAAUGCUGCUAGAUGCUCCAAAAUAAUAAAGGACAUUGGUAAUAUAGACAUUUGUUAUUUACAGGAUUCUACAGAUCCAGUUCUAGUUUUCAACAGAAGAAUAAAGGCUUUACCAUACAAAUUCCUUCGCUAUAUACCAGCUAUUAAGGAAUCAAAGCCAAAAAUAUCAUCGCAAGAAGAAAUACAAGAAAUACAAGAAAUACAAGAAAUAUAAUCAAACUCGGUGGCUCAGGUUGUGCAAUUUAUAAAUGAGGCGUUCAUACCUUUCAAUCCUCAUAAUAAUGCGGUCUAUGAUUUCAAGCACUUAACCACAAAAGAUAUAUUUCAUAUUGUAUCGAUGUAUACUGAUUAUUUUGAUGAUAAGAAUCUUAAAUGCUUCACAACUUGGUGUAGCCGAAAAAAACUGCAUUUUUUCAUAGCGGUUGAAAUAAGAAAAAAACAAAAAAGUGAAAAUGGCGUCGUAGAAAAACGAAUUCGACCAUUAUACAUUUUGAAGCAAGAGUUCUUUGCUAAAACUGUUUCAGCAAUAACAGAAUACCCUUUGAACAAUAAAUUAUUUUUAAAGAAUAUUGAAGAAGAAGGUCGCGAAUUAACAGGCUACAUAAGGAAAUCAAAAGGAGAAGAAAAAGAUGAUGUGCGAGUCAGAUUAUUAGAAGCUAUGGCUAAUAGGCUUACAGAAAGAUGCUCAAUUAAAACUAUUUAUGUUUCCCCCUUUUCUAACAGCAUGGAUGAAAUUGCUUCAAGAGAUUUAUGCGAGAAGAGCAAAUCCUUUGUAAGGCAAGUAAAUAAUGUGUCUGGUAGUGUCCAAGACAUGAUGAAUCAUCUCAAAACUACCAGUACUGAUAUAUGUUUGAUCGUGAUCGACUUUGCGGGCCUAUCAAGGAACUGCAAAGAUAUAAGAUCCUUUGUCAGAUCCCACCCAAAGUUAAAGAAAAAAUAUUAAUUGAUCUUUUACCAGUAAACAACACAGUUAAAACUUUUACUAGAGAAGAUAUACUGAAUGAUCAUAAAUUCAUGGGUGAUUUUCAAUGCAGAAAGGCUCCAGUACAAAGAUCUUUAUAAGUAAAAUCAUUUUAGAAUUUGAUUGUUAUAACCACUAAAAUAUUAUGGAACGUAUAAUAUGACUUAGUAUUUAUAAGAAUUGUUAAAGAAGACUGAGAUAAGAUGUGAGUCAGAAAAGCACUAGUUACGACCGAAUAAGAUAUGUUAUGGAUAAUGAAAUCUUA